UCCACGGAGCCCACUGCCACAGAGGCCCUGCCCAUGGAGUCUACUGUCAUGGAGAUUCUGUCCACGGAGCCAGAAGCCACGGGUGCCCUGUCCACGGAGCCCACUGCCACAGAGGCCCUGUCCACAGAUCCAGCCACCACAAAGGUCCCAUCCACAGGACCUGCCACCAUAGGGCGCCUAACCACGGUCCUUCUUGUGACCUCUGAUCCUCAAAACAGCACCACUGUGGCAGGAGGCAAUUUGCUUGAUGUCCUCACCAAACGAUGGGAAAAUCGGCAGCAUCUCUCCCCACAGAGCUCUGUGGCCCCCAUCCCCACAGGGGCCCUGGACCGCAUCCCCGUGAAGCAGUGCUUGCUGGCCAUCCUCAUCCUGGCCUUGGUAGCCACGACUUUUCUCGUGUGCACAGUGGUGCUGGCCAUCCGCCUCUCCCGCAAGAAUCACAUGUACCCGGUGCGCAAUUAUUCCCCCACCGAGAUGGUCUGCAUCUCAUCCCUGCUGCCUGAGGGGGGCGAAGUGCCCACGGCCACGGCCAAUGGGGGCCUGCCCAAUGCCAAGAGCCAGGGCCUAAAGGCGGAGCCUGGGGAGGGCCGAGAUGGGGACGACCUCACCUUGCAGAGCUUCCUCCCUUAACUCCUCCGUUCGUCCAUGAGAGCAGGACCCGGGCCUCCUGGCUCCCUCCAAGGCCCGCCGGGCCACAACCAAGCACCCAGGCUCUGUUCCAGGUCUGGGUUUCCUUGGGGCCCCCUGGGGAUGGGGACCUUUAGAACAGGGCCCCUGGUUGGCCCACAGAACCGAAAGCGGCUGAAUUCUUGCAGCCAAAGCAGGAUUGGUGAGCCAGACGCCUUGUCCUCCCCCUCCAGAGGAGGCCAGAGAGAUCCCUCCACCUCCCUGUCUCCCACCUGUCUGGGCUCCCUCUAAUGCCUCCCACUGCUGAGGUCUCAUCCCCAUGCACCCAGGGAAGACCCAGAGUCUUCUGGUUGCUGUCACUGUACAGGAAGGGGGAAUUUGGGGGAGGAGUGCUGGGUUCCUGAGGCCAUUCCUGGUUACCCCCCCACUUGGGGGCAGCUUGGGUUUUCUUGGGCGUUUCCCCAGGGAGCCCAGGGUGAGAUCCUGGCCUGUGAGGUCUGGGGUAUACUUGGAGAGCCCAGGGCUAUACCCUUCUUUGGGGCUGUGUGGACCAACGAGCUUCUUCCUGGGGACAGAGUAACCCCUAUCCUGCCCUCUCUCAUCUGCGCCUAUGCCUACAUUUUAGGGAGGGCUCUGUCUUGUUCACUGAAUAUCCCACCCCCCAGCCCAGGGCCUGGUACAGCACAGGCCUUCAAUAAAUAUUUG